GCAGAGUUGCAUUUGGAAAUACUUUUUUUUCCCCUGCUUCCCGCCCUCUAGAGUGCUGGCCAGUGUGCCCCUAAGUGUCCUUCGUGGAGUUCUGACUUCCUGUGAGCGAGUCUUGCGUUGGUGUUUACUUAACUGUAGAGUUCCCAGACUGUUAGCUGUCGUCUGCACUACAUCUGGAGGUUUCUGCCACCGAGUAGUUAUUGGAUGUAUGUGCACCUGUCUCUAUGCCCUGGUGUCUGUUUGUAGAAAAACGUGUGCUUGUGCGUGUUUGGAAAACAGGCGCGUGAGUUGCUGCUUAAUGCCUAUUAACCAUAUCAGCAGCCCAGUCCUCCCAGAGAAAUACAUUCUUCUCUGCUCAAGAGUAGAAACUGUCUAAAGUAAAAUAUGGAACGUCAGAUAAAGACGUGCAUGUCAAAUAAUAAACUUUUACUAUAGGAAAUACAGUGCCAGGGCCGCUCUUCUUUGAGGGAAAAUAAACAUCCACUUAACUGUCAUCUAAACGUGUUGAUGAAACCAUUUUUGCUUAGAGAUAGCCGUUAGGUGAAUAAAGUCGUUAUUGUGUUUUUAAAAGACCUGUGUUUUCUGAGGCUCAAGUCAUCUAUGGAGCUCUUUCUGGACGCAAUUGUAGUUACUGUGAUAGAUGUCAGACACUGUCAUUUGACCAUUUGAAAGUUUUAAAGCAACAUGGAUGUUUCCAGUUUACGUUUUAAAUUACAUCUAUGAGAAAAAAUUAGUAACCUGUUAAUCGUCCUGUUUUCUCCUUCCUUUAAGUGAGUUCCAUUCUUGCCUUUGUUGUUGCUUUCUUGAUAAAUUAAUUAUUCUCAGGCAUUUAAUCCAGUAAGAGAUUACAAUAGAUCUACUGGCUUUAAAGGUGUUGAUCUCUGUGGUUCCAUAAGUUCUCCUCAUUUUUAUUACCAAGUUAGUCUUUUUAGAACAAUGGGGGAAAUGCAAUUUCUGAGCAGAAACUCGGUGGACAGUGAGUAUCAGUCGGUGACCACAGCCAUCAAUCUAUUUUGCAGACUAUUGAGAAGCUUAGAGCAACCAGCCUUUAAGGUUCCCAUAGGAUUUCAUCUGAUUUAAAGUGUUGCUUUUCUAAUCCCACUCUGCUGACAGUUUGCAAGGGAAGAUACACUGAUUGAUUUUUCUGUUCCUGUUUCCCUGGUACUCCUUCCUUUUAUAUCCAUUUAAGAGUAAUUUUUACCUAACUAAAAAACAACAUACAAUUUCUUAAGUGAGACAAAUUAUUUUUUCUGACUCUGUUCACUCAGGAGCAGAGCCCAUGCACCCCAAAAUUUUAAACAUUGCAUACUUCAGACAGUAAUUUACAGACACAAUAGCAGUUGCUGUAGCAGGACAAGAGGCUUGACAGUGGGUAGAUUUUUUUUUUUUUUUAAAGCAACUAAUCCAUUUUAGAUGAUCAAGAAAACUUACUGUAAAUGGGCUUUUUUUUUUUUUUUUUUUUUUUGCUGUUGUUCCAAAGAUGCCUACCACUCCAGCAUAGAGCAGUCUUGGCUAGGAUCUCCUGUGCUGGGUCUCUCUCUCAGUCAUUCAGAGUUUGACCUAAGAGAAGACAAAGGGUAUGAAGUCGAUCCUAGAUGGCCUUGCAGACACCACCUUCCGCACCAUCACGACAGACCUCCUCUACGUGGGUUCGAAUGACAUUCAAUACGAAGACAUUAAAGGAGACAUGGCAGCCAAACUAGGGUAUUUCCCGCAGAAAUUCCCUCUUACUUCCUUUCGAGGAAACCCCUUCCAGGAAAAGAUGACCGCAGGAGACAGCUCCCAGUUAGGCCCAGUGGACUCAGGGAACAUCACCGAGUACUACAACAAGUCCCUCUCAUCCUUCAAGGAGAAUGAGGAGAACAUUCAGUGUGGGGAGAACUUCAUGGACAUGGAGUGCUUCAUGAUUCUGAAUCCCAGCCAGCAGCUGGCGAUUGCCGUGCUCUCCCUCACAUUGGGUACCUUCACGGUCCUGGAGAACCUGUUGGUGCUUUGUGUCAUCCUCCACUCCCGCAGCCUCCGCUGUAGGCCCUCCUACCACUUCAUUGGCAGCCUGGCGGUGGCCGACCUGCUGGGGAGUGUCAUUUUUGUCUACAGCUUCGUCGACUUCCAUGUGUUCCAUCGUAAAGACAGCCCCAAUGUGUUCCUGUUCAAACUGGGUGGUGUCACGGCCUCCUUCACUGCUUCGGUGGGCAGCCUCUUCCUCACAGCCAUUGACAGGUACAUAUCCAUCCACAGGCCUCUUGCCUAUAAGAGGAUCGUCACUAGGCCCAAGGCUGUGGUGGCCUUUUGUCUGAUGUGGACCAUCGCCAUUGUGAUUGCCGUGCUGCCUCUUCUGGGCUGGAACUGCAAGAAGCUGCAAUCUGUGUGCUCGGAUAUUUUCCCCCUCAUUGAUGAGACCUACCUGAUGUUCUGGAUUGGGGUCACCAGUGUGCUGCUACUGUUCAUCGUGUAUGCCUAUAUGUACAUUCUCUGGAAGGCCCACAGCCAUGCUGUCCGAAUGAUCCAGCGAGGCACCCAGAAGAGCAUCAUCAUCCACACAUCAGAAGAUGGCAAGGUGCAGGUGACCCGGCCAGACCAAGCCCGCAUGGACAUUAGACUGGCCAAGACUCUUGUCCUGAUCCUUGUGGUGUUAAUCAUCUGCUGGGGCCCUUUGCUUGCCAUCAUGGUGUAUGAUGUCUUUGGGAAGAUGAAUAAACUCAUUAAGACAGUGUUUGCCUUCUGCAGUAUGCUCUGCCUGCUGAAUUCCACUGUGAACCCCAUAAUCUAUGCUCUGAGGAGCAAGGAUCUGAGACAUGCUUUCCGGAGUAUGUUCCCCUCUUGUGAAGGAACGGCACAGCCUCUCGACAACAGCAUGGGGGAUUCUGACUGUCUACAUAAACAUGCCAACAAUGCAGCCAGUGUCCACAGGGCUGCUGAGAGCUGCAUCAAGAGCACGGUCAAGAUUGCCAAGGUGACCAUGUCUGUGUCCACAGACACGUCUGCUGAAGCUCUGUGAGCCUAACAUCUCUCUAGCUGCAUAGGAAAAGAAAUAAUUCUGCUCUUCUUCCUCCUUCUUUUCCUAUUCUUCCUCCUCUUACUCUUCCUCCUCCUCUGUCAUCCUGCUCUUCCUCCUCCUCUUUUUUUUUCUUCUCCUUCUCCUUCUGUUUUCUCUCUUUUUUUUUCAAAGUUCAAGAUCUAGAGGAGUCUUAUCUCAUCAGUUAUAUUUUUUUUUAUGUUUACCAUUCUCAGUGGUAAAGUAAUUGUCAACUAUGUUCUCUAACAUUUCCAUAGUGUAGGUACUCAAACUUGGUUUUCCAGGGGUGUGUAAUGAAAAAAAAAAGCCUGUGGUUUCAGUGACUCUAAACUCCUUCCAUGUCUCAGUGAAACUGAAGAGAAAGCUUUGCUGAUACAAUCUCAAGUUCAAGUACUCGUAGAAAAAUGCCAUCAAAUGAGUAACAUCUUUGUGAAUCUAUCUGUCAUAAUGUGAAAUGUACUUGUUGAUAAGUAUCAGAGAUGCCCAUUUUUACAAGCUAUAGUAUUUAAAAUUAGAACUGUUGUGUAAAAUGUAUUUUGUCCUGUGAGAUGUGUAUCAGUGUUUACUAUGUGUUAUUUAUAUUUUUCUAGUUCAGCAAAACUUAAAGCUAGACUUUUUUUUGGACAGUGAAACAUAAGCAGUGGAUAAAUAUACCAAUGAGGUCACUUUUUGAAGAAAUUAUUGCCCAGGAUGUAACUUUAAAAACCUUAAUUUUUUUCAAGUAUCUAUUCAAAUGACAUUGAAUUAAUCAUAAGAGUUUAUUUUUCUGUUACUACAAUGAGACUUUAAAAACUACUCAAAGUAUUGAGCAGAAUUCAUUGAUACUUAAAUUAGCUCUGCAUUUGCAUCAAUGACAUUUAUUAUCUUCUGGACUAUAGUUGCUCUGCAAGUAAUGGAUUACAAUGAAAGUGGAAGAGAGAAGGCAUAUUGACUUUUUGACUGACAUCUUUGACUUUCUUUAGUCUUUAGCUAUUACUGGACCUCUUAAGAUAGCAUGUGUCAAUUUUAAUGUUUAUUGUUAUCACUGUGCAAUUGUUGUUUACUUGAAUAAUAUUGCAUUCUUAUAUUCCAGGUUUAAGUAGAUUCCAUGUGUGGGUGGCCAAACAGCAGUCUUCAUAUUUUUCUUAACUGAAAAGACGUAUUGUCUGGAUCAGUGAAAUAUGCUGUGUGUGUACGUAUAUAUAUAUAUAUAUAUGUGUGUGUGUGUGUGUGUGUGUGUGUGUGUUUCUAUCUUAUAACUGUUAUAGUAAUGUCAUAAAGUGAGAAAACUGUGAUCAAGUGUAUACUCUACCACUUCCUGCACUCUUGCACAUCGAGUCAGUUUCUAAAAUUGAGUUCUUCCAGAUAUCCUGUUGAUAAAAACAUUGGCUGUGAACAUUCACAAAAUUCUCUAACCUCCUUCAGAGACUGGGUCAGGUGUGACUAAAUAAACCUAUAGUAUUCAAUGAAAACUAGUGUGUAUCAGUAGACAAUGAUGACCACUCUAGUAAAGGUCUUUAUUUGCAGUGUUAGUGUCAGGAAAUGAGAGUGUUUUGGUUUUUGAGCUCCUAAUAUUAAUCGAGUAGAUGUAAAUAUAAGUCAUUAGAAAAGAAAUGGCUCUGAACUCCCUCCACAGGCAACAUUUUCCACCCUUGUUAGAGAGAAAGAGACAGAGAGCGAGAGACUGAGACUGUGUGUGUAGGCAGUGUGAUCCCAAUUUCAAGUGUUACUAUGCACUGCUUACUGCGUAGAACUAUCAGGAGCAGCCCAUGUGGCUCAGGAACCCAGUCAACAGUAAGUGAGGAAGAAAAGAGCAGUAAGGAGCUAACACAAUCAUGAUGGAGAUUUGGAUGCUAUAUGGCUGCCUCUAUGCUUUCCCCAGAUAACCUUGGUGCCCACCUGGCAUCCACCUUGUCUGAGUAGGUUUCAGGCUCUGGUAUAGACAGAUGAUAGAUAGAUAGAUGAUAG